AUGGCUUAUGAUCCUACAUUCACACCUUUUUUGCCUCUAAAGCUAUCACCUUCUGCCAUCAAGACCAUGCGAGUGUGUCUCACGGAUAAGGCUUCAUGCGGCUGCUGUCUGAUGCAGCAACAGAUACACAGGAUGAAAACAUUCUUCAACAUGAGCCUCAACGAGCUGGAGAAGGAGCUGGUGAAAACCCAAACUGUUCUCAACAGUGUCAGAGCCAGCCGCAGCGCCUUCUCUGUUGCUCUGACCAAUGACGAAAGCUUGAACUGCUUCGGGCCUUUCCGGGACGAUAGGCUGAUCGUCUACAGGCACGUCUUCAUCAACCUGGGAGAAGGCUACAACGUGCUCAACGGCGUCUUCACCGUUCCCCGUUCGGGCGUCUACAGUCUGGCCCUGACCGUCUACAGCGACGCCGGCUCUCCCGGGAACAGCCUGGCCGCCUGCGCCGGCCUGCAGGUUAACGGCCACUUGGUGGCGGGGCCCAGAGAGCGAAACAUGCAGGACCAAGAGGACAGUGCCACCAUUCUCGUGGCCCUUCACCUGAAAGCUGGGGACAAGGUGGCGGUCAACCUGCCCAUCGGGUGUUUCCUCUGCGAUGACAAGAGCCACUAUAACACCUUCACCGGCUUCCUGCUAUAUGCUACUGACUAA